AUGCCUCGAAUCACCAAAUUCAAGAAACCCAAGCUCAACCACUCACGCUACUCUGAAUUCCAAGACAACACAACAACAGAGGAUGACCAACAAACCAUUGCCUCCGCUGCCGUUCAAAUUUAUCCCAAACAUGUCGAUCUCAUUGUUUCUCAAGUAGUUAAAAAAUAUGAAUGGAAACACAAACUGCAAUAUUGGCAAGAGAAGUGGGAAUCGGAGUGUACAAGUCAAGGAAUUUCAAAAGCGAGCGUGGAUGUUGCUUUUGAAAUUUUGAAUGAUAUCGUUCAUCAAGGAAGAGGAGGAAAACCUUGUUGUGGGCAUUGCGCAGCUGAUCCUCAACCCAUCCCCAAUAACAACAAGGAGGAUGAGGAUGAUGAUGAGACUUUUUUCCUCUCCGAUGAAGAAAGAGAAGAAGAAGAUUUGAAAGUGAACACUGAGAAGAAACGUUCCUACUUGUACGACUCGUCUGAUGAUGAGGAUAAACCAAAAUAUGAUGACUAUGCACGAUUUUGUGAAUGUCCAUGUGCGCAAUGUGCCAAUAGGAAGCCAAAUGAAUUUAAGGGCUCUCAUAAAAAAAAGGAUAACCUUAUUCCAUUGGAGUUGAAAGAGAGACUCAAGUCUCAAAUAGCUGCUUUGGAAAACGUUCCAGAUGAAAUGAAAGAUUGGCAUCCAGGUUCCAAUCGUCAGGUAUUGGAUUUGAUUCAUCCUUCACUGUACUGUUUUGUUGAAAAUGUUAGUGUUAGUGACAAGAAAAUGAAACCUAUGAAACACUCAACAUGGGGACAGGAACAUUAUUCAAAUCGAUGUCAAUGGCUGCCUGCAGAAUUCGAAAUUGAUGCGAAGAAAAACCAAGUGAAGAGAAUUGCAUCAUACAUUAAUAAUUUGGAUGAAGUAACACACAAAGAUUUAUAUCAAACCAUUCAGGAAAUAUUCUCCAAGUUUCUUCCAAUGUUGAAAGCCUAUGUGACUUUCAAAGAUAGACUUCAAGUGAUUGUUAAGGCUGCAAAUAUCAUUGUCACACCUGACAAACCAUAUUAUAGUGGAGGAACUUUUCACACUGAAGGAAUGGAUUAUGAGCACAUUGCUGCGACAUGUAUCUAUUAUUACCACUCAGAGAAUGUUAAAGAUAGUUACUUGGAAUUUAGAAAGAGUGUUUCUCCGUAUUAUAGUGACGAUGAGGAAUUUGAUUCCAAGGAUUGUUAUAAUUCAUAUGGCAUUCACAAGGGAGAUUUACAAUUUUACAACAUGGGAGCCAUUGAAACCAAAGAAGACAGAUGUAUUGUGUUCCCUAAUAGUCACCAACACAGAGUAAGGCAUUUCUUUCCCAAAGAUCCGUCUCUUCCUGCGAUUCGUAAAAUUUUAGUUUUCUUUGUGGUGGACCCAGAUCAUCCAAUUAUCUCAACCCAAAACGUUGACAUUCAACGAAUGGAUUUCCUUAUGAACAAGUAUUUCGUUCUCAACAAAAUUUUGCCCUUCCACAUUGUACACAAGAUUAUCAAGUUCUUCCCAUUUUUUACAAAAUCUAUGGCAUUGAAAUACCGUGAAGAUUUAAUGAACCAACGCAAGUUUUACCUCAAUGAGCAAAACGAAGAAAUUGAAAGAGAGUUCUCUCUUUGCGAGCAUUAG